CCAUAUGAUCAUCACAUAAGGCUGUCAGCGAGACUCCAAGGGAAGGAUACGAGAGACCUCCAGAGAAUGGUCCUGUAUUGCUUUCUAGGUGUCGACAAUUCUCUAGAGGAACAUGCAAUCGCCAACUCUGUCAUCUGGCCCAAUUGAAGUGGAACGAAAGUUUGUUCCAGGCCCCCAAGUAGAGGAUGAACUGCUCAGACUGGGAGCAAAGUUGCAGAAUGAAAUAACAUUCAGAGAUUCUUAUUAUGACACCCCUGACUGUCGGCUAACACUGGGUGAUGUCUGGUUACGGCGGAGGGAAGACAGCUGGGAGCUUAAAUACCCACCACAGCGGGGAACCAGAGGCCUGAAUGGAGCCUCUACACAGUACCUGGAGCUGAGUUGUGAGGCAGAUAUUACCCGCAGAGUGAGUGAAGAACUGAAUAUCCCGUGCCCCCACAGCCUGGACUUACUGCAACUGCAGGAGUUUGCCAGCUUUGUGACAAGGAGGCGUAGAUUUGAGUUUCCACCACGAAAUGGCUCUAAGCAUAAGGUAGUAGUGGACUUAGAUACAGCAGAUUUUGACUUUUCUGUGGGUGAGGUAGAGGUUCUCGUGAAAACACAAGAAGAAGUGAAGAGUGCUCUUAUGGAAGUAGAAGAGAUCUGCAAGCAGUUAGGUGUACUCAGCGAUUCUCCAGUCCCAGGGAAAAUGUCAACAUUUCUCAAGAUUAAUCGAGCAGAUCAUUACAAGCAGCUUCUGGAAGCACAUGUUCUAUGAAGUGUUAUACUGUACAUAUAAAAUAGCAACCUCAAUUGAUGUCUUUCGCUCCGGCAUAAAAUUGCAUAUCACUUUUGUCAGUUGCAGUCCCAUGUACAUGCAUCAAGCAACCACAAUAUAAAUUAGUCAUCUUAAAUCUUCCUUUUUUUUUUUUUCCUCCAGGAUUGGAUAGGGUACAAGAGAGUUCUCACAGAACAGUGUUUGUUUAGCAUAUAUUUUUGCAUUUACCUUAGGAUCUGGUAGUGAAGGAAAAAAACUUAGGCUUAAACAAGAGACAUGAAUGGGAUACAUUGUUAUGUUAACUAUAUAGAAAUAUUAAUAAAGCAUUCUUUCAGAACCCUUCUUAA